CACACACACACACACACACACACACACACACACACACACACACGCACAAAAGCCUUUAACUCCAAAUAUUCAUAUUUCUGAGCGGUUCCCUCAGCUUCUCACUCUGACCCCCACUCCUUUGCCAAAUCUCGCGGGAUAUUAAAAAAAAAAGAAGAAGAGGAGGAGAAGGAGGAGGAGGAGGAGGUGGGGGGAGACAUUAAAGGCACCCAGGAGGAGCCGCCUUUAUGAAGAUGCUAAUGUGUGACCGCGGCAUCCAGAUGCUCGUGACGACGGUGGGCGCGUUCGCCGCCUUCAGCCUCAUGACCAUCGCCGUGGGCACCGACUACUGGCUGUACUCGCGCGGGGUCUGCCGCGUGAAGAGCAGCGGCGACAACGACACGAGCCGCAAGAACGAGGAGGUGAUGACGCACUCCGGCCUCUGGCGGACCUGCUGUCUGGAAGGAACAUUCAGAGGUGUGUGUAAGAAAAUAGAUCAUUUUCCAGAAGAUGCCGACUACGAAGCGGAUGCUGCUGAAUACCUCCUCCGUGCUGUGCGUGCCUCCAGUAUCUUCCCCAUCAUGAGUGUGGGUCUGUUGUUCAUGGGGGGGCUCUGCGUGGCAGCCAGUGAGUUUUACAGGAGCAGACACAAUGUCAUCCUGAGUGCAGGGAUCUUCUUCGUAUCUGCAGGUCUCAGUAACAUCAUUGGAAUAAUUGUCUACAUCUCAGCCAAUUCUGGUGACCCGGGUCAAAGUGACAGUAAGAAGUCGUACUCGUAUGGCUGGUCAUUCUACUUUGGCGCACUCUCCUUCAUCAUGGCUGAAAUGGUGGGUGUGCUGGCCGUGCACAUGUUCAUCGAAAAGCAUCGCAAGCUACGAGCCAAGUCCCGCACCGAGCUCAUAAAGAAGUCCGCCUUCAGCCGCAUCCCCUCCUAUCGCUACCGAUUUCGGCGUCGCUCCAGCGUGCGCUCCUCCGAAGCCCCGAGCCGCGACGCUUCACCGCUGGGGAAAGGCGGCUACACGGGGCCYGCCGCUUCUGAGAUGCCCAUGUACACGCUGAACCCACGGGAAGCCGGCAACGCUGGUACCAAACCAGUUGGUGGCAUGGCCGGGCUACUCAACUCAGAGAUGGAUUUCCUCCAGAGCAGCACGCUCACUAAAGACUACAACAAGGACCCCAACCGCAGGACCACACCCGUCUGAGAGAAGCUGGCUGUAGAUAUCGUCCCAAUCAGAGAAUCAAAGAGGUGGAGACGUACAGUGGGGAACUGAGAAUGACAGCAAGCUUAUAGAGAAUAUGAGGGGUUACUGGAAGUUCGAUAACCUAUGACUGUGAACAUUUAGCCUUUGAACUGUGAAUCCUUUGCCCUUUGAGAGUUUCUUAGUGUGUAGCAGGGUUGGUUUUGCUGGAGAAGUUGCCCCCAACUCCACUUUACCACAUAUCACUAUAUAUAGCUGUAUCUGUAGCUCCUUAUUCAUUUCAGCACAUACGGGAUUUUUGUGCUCAUAACUCAACUUCCUGGUGUUUUCAUUAAGUCGGGGUGGGGGGGGGACUUUGUGGGUUCAUUCAGGCGAGUGGGUACUUGUUUGGGGCAACUUCUCCUAGCAAAGAAAAAAACUAAACUAAUGUGAAUUUGAGGAGAAUACAGAAGCGAUAACAAACACGUUGUGGAAUCUCUUCAUCACUUUUUGGAUCCCAGUAGAGCUGGAUCCAAUGAAAGUACGACUUAGAGCUUUAAGUUGACCAUCUUAAAGCUCUAAGCCAAAGCAGAGGGCUUAAUUUGUUUAAGUUCGGCUGUGUUUCGGAAGAUAAACAGAUGAUUUGUCCAUUUUAUGGCAGUACGUUUGUGCCGUUAGUGGUCAUUUUCUACACCGCUUUCAUAUUUGUUUGACUUCAUUGUGGAAAAACUCCCUAAUUUUCUGGACUGAAACUGAAUUAAUCUCAUUCAUAGUGAUGUUCAACCCCGACUCUCUGACCCUAUCAUAUUAGUGGCUGGAGUGGAAAAGGUUUGACUCAAAAACAAAAACAAAAAAAAAAUUAUGAAACUUUUAGACAGUAACAUUCGAUCCAUUGGUGCUUCCUCAUGGUUGAGUUCUCUGCCACAUUUUGAUGUAUUUAUUAUUUCUACCUAAAACAUGGAGAUGAUUGGAUAUAUGUCUGUUUUGCCUUCACAAA